AGAGGUCGCUCUGCGGCGGCCGGGGUUCGUGCGCCAGGUUGCCGCGCGCUUCGAGGCCCUGGUGGCCAGGACGCUCCUCGUGGCGGCCCGGCGAGCGCGGGCGCACACGACGGCUCCACUGCCGCAGCCGCACCUCCAGCAGCAGCACCAGCACCACCUCCUGCAGCAGCCGCGACCCGCGCACUCCGACUCCAGGAUGAUACCCCUCCACAGCCCCGGCGGCAGCGCCACAAGCGGAGUAGGAAACAAAAACACAGCCCCAGGGUCACCCGCGAGCUCCACGCCGCCGUUGGAACCUGCGCCGUGCGGCAGCGUGCCCCUGCCCGCGACCUUGGCCGCCUUCAGGUUCGGCCGGCGGCGAUCGGAAGACUCCUCUUUCUCGUCCUCCACGUCCUCGACGCCGCACUUCGACGAGGAGGCCGGCGUGCGGAACAUCUUCUUCACCCUGACCAGCCCGCCGCCUCUCAAGCCGGCGCCAGGCCAGGACCUGGGUUCGACUCCCAGCGACGGCCUUGGCCCGAUCCCGAGGGCCGCGCGCCUAGCCGAGGGCACUGGCCCGAUGGACAGACUGCCAAGCGUGGCAUCUUGUUGCUGCCGGAUCUGCCAGAACUCGAGCAGCUUGGAGCGGCUCAUAUCUCCCUGCAACUGCAAAGGGUCCCUCGCGUACGUUCACUUGUCGUGCCUGGAACGGUGGCUCAACCAGAGCGGCCGCACUUACUGCGAGCUGUGCCAGUACCAGUUCAGCGCAGUGCAGACCCAGCGGUACUCAUGCCUGCAGAGCCUGCGGAUCUGGUAUAGCCACCCACGCAUCCGGCGCCAGUUCUACGCCGACGUCGUCAUCCUGGUCAUUCUAUCGUUGGUGACGGUGGGCCUGCUCGCGGUCACCGCCAUCGGCAUGCGCUACUUCGUCGGCGAGGGCUCGAGGCUCGGCAUCUCCGCCUUCACCACGCAGGGCACCAUCCUAUUCUUCCUCGGUCUGGUCGGCAUCGGCUACUUCAUCACCGUGUGCCUGCUCGUCCGCGACCAGAAACCUGUACUCUACACAACUCCAAAACUAGUAAAGGAUGUGUUCAACCAUAUAAGACUAAAGUAUUCAACCCGGUUCAACCGCUGGUUGUGCAUCCUAAAAUCAGUACAUCCAGAUUUCACUGUGGGUGCAACUACUCGUAAGACGGAGCAAUGCAGUUCUUAG